GAUAUUGCAGCAAAUUGCAAUCCAUUUGGAAAGUGCAGCACAAACAAGUCAGAAUAUUAAUGUGUUUUUCAUCAAUGAGGUGGAUAAUGAGCCGGCAAUGAAGGCGGUGGAUGUGGUCUUAACUUACUUGAAGAAGAAUCCCAGCUAUGGUCUAUCCGUGCAGGUUGACUCCCUUGAGGCAAACAGAACCGAUGCUAAAAUAUUACUGGAAGCAAUUUGCAAUAAAUAUGCAUCCAGCAUUGAGAAGAAACAAAUGCCACAUUUGAUUUUUGAUACAACCAAGUCUGGGGUGGCUUCGGAAACCGUCAAGAGCUUUACACAGGCAUUGGGUCUGCCCACCAUCAGCGCCUCCUACGGCCAGGAGGGAGAUCUGCGACAGUGGCGGGAUUUAGAUGAAGCCAAGCAAAAGUAUCUGCUGCAGGUGAUGCCACCGGCUGAUAUUAUUCCCGAGGCUGUGCGCAGCAUUGUGAAGCGAUUGAAUAUUACAAAUGCUGCAAUUCUCUAUGAUGACACCUUCGUGAUGGAUCACAAAUACAAGUCGCUGUUGCAAAACAUUCAAACACGUCAUGUCAUCACAGCAAUCGCCAAGGAUGGCAAACGUGAGCGAGAGGAACAAAUUGAAAAGUUACGCAAUCUGGACAUCAAUAAUUUCUUUAUCCUCGGCAAUCUGCAAUCCAUACGCAUGGUCUUGGAGUCGGUGAAACCAGCGUACUUUGAGCGUAAUUUCGCCUGGCAUGCGAUCACCCAAAGCGAGGGAGAAGUCAGCAGUCAGCGGGAUAAUGCAACGAUUAUGUUUCUGAAACCCAUGGCGUAUACGCAAUAUCGCGAUCGUUUGGGCCUACUUCGUACUACUUUUAAUUUAAAUGAGGAACCGCAGCUGGCAUCUGCUUUUUAUUUUGAUCUAGCGUUGCGCAGUUUUCUGGCAAUCAAAGAAAUGCUGCAGUCAGGCGCCUGGCCAAAGGACAUGGAGUAUCUGAACUGUGACGAUUUUCAGGGCGGAAAUACACCUGAACGCAAUAUUGAUCUGAGGCAAUAUUUCACACAGGUUAGCGAACCAACAUCCUAUGGCACUUUCGACCUGGUCACGCAAGCAAGAAAACCCUUUAACGGUUUCAGCUAUAUGAAAUUUGAAAUGGACAUCAAUGUGCUCCAGAUUCGAGGUGGUAGCUCCGUUAAUAGCAAAUCGAUUGGCACCUGGACAGCUGGACUUGACUCCCCACUCGUCGUCAAAGAUGAGGAGCAGAUGAAGAAUCUCACCGCAGAUACGGUCUAUCGCAUCUUUACUGUGGUGCAAGCGCCUUUUAUAAUGCGGGAUGAGACAGCUCCGAAGGGAUAUAAGGGAUACUGCAUCGAUUUGAUUGAUGAGAUUGCGGCAAUUGUGCACUUUGACUAUGAGAUUCAGGAAGUGGAGGAUGGGAAGUUCGGCAACAUGGAUGAGAAGGGUGAAUGGAAUGGCAUCGUUAAGAAGUUGAUUGACAAGCAAGCGGACAUUGGACUGGGCAGCAUGUCGGUUAUGGCAGAGCGGGAAAUAGUUAUAGAUUUCACUGUUCCAUAUUAUGAUCUUGUUGGCAUUACCAUCAUGAUGCAGCGUCCCACUUCUCCGAGUUCUCUUUUCAAGUUCCUUACCGUGCUGGAGACGAAUGUCUGGCUUUGUAUAUUGGCUGCCUAUUUCUUUACCAGCUUUCUCAUGUGGAUCUUUGAUCGCUGGAGUCCAUACAGUUACCAGAACAAUCGGGAGAAGUACAAAGAUGACGAGGAGAAGCGUGAGUUCAACUUAAAGGAGUGUCUUUGGUUCUGCAUGACUUCGUUGACGCCUCAAGGAGGCGGUGAAGCCCCUAAGAACCUUUCCGGUCGUCUAGUCGCUGCAACUUGGUGGCUUUUUGGAUUCAUUAUCAUUGCCUCGUACACAGCCAAUUUGGCUGCCUUCUUGACAGUCUCACGUUUGGACACACCUGUUGAAUCCCUAGAUGAUCUGUCCAAGCAAUAUAAGAUUCUAUAUGCUCCGUUGAAUGGCUCCUCGGCGAUGACAUACUUUGAGCGUAUGGCAAACAUUGAGCAAAUGUUUUACGAAAUCUGGAAGGACUUGUCACUGAACGAUUCACUUACUCCGCUGGAGCGUUCCAAGUUGGCCGUCUGGGAUUAUCCAGUGAGUGAUAAGUAUACGAAAAUGUGGCAGGCUAUGCAGGAGGCAGGACUCCCGGCAUCCUUGGAUGAGGCAGUAAAGCGUGUGCGCAACUCAAGCACGGCGACAGGAUUUGCAUUUCUAGGAGAUGCGACAGACAUCCGUUACUUACAGCUGACCAAUUGUGAUCUGCAGGUAGUUGGAGAGGAAUUCUCUCGCAAACCGUACGCGAUUGCCGUGCAGCAGGGAUCACAUCUGAAAGAUCAGUUCAAUAAUGCCAUCUUGACUUUGCUGAACAAACGACAGCUGGAGAAACUCAAGGAGAAAUGGUGGAAGAACGAUGAAGCUCAGGCCAAGUGCGAGAAGCCGGAGGAUCAAUCGGAUGGCAUAUCCAUACAGAACAUUGGCGGCGUCUUUAUUGUCAUCUUUGUGGGCAUCGGCAUGGCCUGCGUCACGCUUGUCUUUGAGUAUUGGUGGUAUAAAUAUCGCAAGAAUCCCCGUAUCAUCGAUGUGGCCGAGGCAAAUGCGGAACGAAUUAAUGCCAAGGAUGGCGACAAGUUGGUGGAUGGUGUCAUUUUGGGUCACACUGGCGAAAAAUUUGAAAAAUCCAAUGCUGCACUGCGUCCGCGAUUUAAUCAAUAUCCGGCCACAUUUAAGCCGCGUUUUUAGAGGACCUUUAAACAUA